GCUGAUUCCAGACCGCAUCAAUGGAGCAUCUCUUGGCUUGACACCGAAUCCCGCCCCUCAUGAGGGUACCUAUCUAACGACGUCCGCCCUGUCGAGGCUGGAAGAGUCUCCGGGACAUGUGACACUAGACAAGCGAAUCUCACGAGCGAAAAUGGCCUCACACCCAAACUGGGGCCGGCACACCACGGGCACAGAGGUUGGACAGGCCUUUGACGCUGCCAUCAGGGGCAAGAAUGUCGUCGUCACCGGCGUGUCGCCAGCGGGCAUCGGCGCCACAACCGCACUGGCCAUCGCGGCACAUGGCCCCGGACACCUGAUCCUGGCAUCCCGGACCCGGGAGAAGCUCGAGGAAGUCCUCGCCGACAUCAACCAGAAGUACCCCUCGGUGAACGUCUCGCACGUCCUGCUAGACCUGGGCUCCCUUGACUCGGUCCGGGACGCGUCCUCCCAGAUCGAGGCCCGCGUCGGCGGCAAGCUCCACGUCCUGAUCAACAACGCCGGCGUCAACGACGUCUCCCGGAAUGCCAAGCCCGCCCUGGACGGAACGCUGGUCGACAGACAGUUCUUCGUGAACCAUCUCGGCCCGUUCCUGCUCACUUCUCUGCUCCUACCCUUGCUGAAAAACGCAGCUACCGCCGAGGGCACCCCCAAAGGCUCGGUCCGUGUCGUCAACGUCAGCAGCCACGGCCACCGGCUGUCGCCGAUCCGCUUCUCGGACCUCGCGCUCCAGAAGCCGGCGGCCGACGAGUCCGUCCCGGAGGCGGAGCGGCCCCCCGCGACGGCCGCGCCGUUCCUGACCCGCAUCACCGACCCGGAGGGCGCGUACCCCGGCUUCGUGGGCUACGGCCAGAGCAAGUGCGCCAACGUGCUGCACGCGUCGGAGCUGAGCCGGCGGCUCUUCAAGGACGUCGGGAUCCUCGCGCUGUCGGUCCACCCGGGCUCCAUCGAGACGGAGCUCAGCCGGUCGCUGGACGAAAAGGCCAGGGAGGACAUGCGCAACACUGCGCCUAAGCACCUGUGGAAGAGCCUGGAUGCGGGCGCGUCCACGACGCUCGUCGCCGCGUUCGACCCGGCCCUCGCGGGGCUGGAUGUCGGCGGCGAGGUGUUGGGCUACCUGGCCGACUGCCAGAUAGCUGACGAGCUGGCGGCGCCGCAUGCCAAGGACAAGGAGGCGGGGAGGAGAUUGUGGGAGAUGAGCACGAAGAUGUUAGGUAUCCAGGCCUAA